AGUUCGGGAUUAUCCCUCCUCCUACUAAGACCAGAGAUGGCUCAACUGUUACUGUACGCCUCAGGCUCUAACUCACACGGACAACUAGGAACGAGGAACCUCGAAGAAGAAGAAGAAGAAGACUUACACGAAUUCACUAACACCCAUCAAUGGAAUCUUCAUCAUCAACAGCCACAAGGAGAAAGAGAACAACAACAACCAAUCUCAUCGUCCAUCGGAGGUCGACACUCCCUCUUCUUGAUCAACCAUCCAACUCGUCCUGAGAUCUACCUGUGCGGAGAUGAGAAUCAGGGCCAAUCAGGACCUAAGAUCUCAUCGAUAGCACCUUCACCAUCGAUCGGAGAAAACGCGCCAUCGAUCAUCAACCAGAGUAGCCAACCCUACGAUACUAAUAAUGAGUGCAGCAGUACCAUGAAGAUGAUUGACUACCUGAAACUGAUCUCAAUGACUUCGAAUAUCGAUCGUGAGUUGAAAGAGUUACUCGGACAACACUAUCGGCCGGUCCAAGUGACAGCUUGUUGGGAAACUAGCUUUGUAGUUUUAUCUCCACGAUCUUGCGGUCCAAGCACGAAGGAUGAAACGAGGAUGGAGGAGGAGGAGAUCCAGUACGAUGACGAGAUCCUAGCCUUUGGAUCCAACGACUUCGAUCUGAGAGGGUCGGCCAAGAAGGAGACCCUCCCCGAAGAUCCGGGGACCCCGAACCUGGUCGAUCUCCCCCCCUCCGUCGGCCGCACAGGCUCCGGAAGGAGAAGGAUCAGGCUGCAUGGAGGCUGUCAGCAUGUGAUCGCGGUGAUCGAGUACAACGGAGGGCGAGGUGGGCCGAUCGAGUUGGUGGGUUGGGGCGCGGCCCGGCACGGCCAACUGGGUCCCCUGGAGACGUCGGACGGCAAGCCGGCACGGACAAGCCUCCCGACGCGCCUUCCGAUCUCCAUCCCCCUCGGCACCCCCCUCUCUGCACUCAAAAUCGCCCUCGGGAACCAACAUAGCGUGCUGGUCUCUCCCACUCAGAUCUGGUGUUGGGGCAGUAACCGUAACGGACAGAUCCCAUCGGCGCUCAAGGCGCUCCCUCCUGCUGAUAUCCUCGAGCUUCAAGCUACCUGGAACGCCACCUUUGUCAUCCUCAGUCUACCUGAUCGGCCCACAUUCAAACGUCUCCUAGGUUAUGGAAGCAACUCGCACGGUCAAUUAUUGGGCACCUCUCAUCUCCACCUCGACCGACUCAUUCCCUCUCAUCAUGCGAAUCUCGUCGCUGGCUCAGAACAUCUCUUACUCACCUCAACACUCCAGAACAACACCGUUCAAAUCUGGGGUUGGGGAUGGAAUGAACAUGGGAACUUGGGCAAACGAGAAGGACUCGAACCUAUCAGAGCAUUCUCUCUCCUCUUUGAGAUCCCUUCGAACUCUAAGCUUGUCGCUCUGGCCGCCGGUUGUGCGACUAGUUUCGUCAUCGUCUGUUCUCGUUAG